CUUGUGUGAAAAAAAAAAUUCGAAUCCAAAAAAUUUGAAAUAUUAUUUUAAUUUUUUAUUGUUUAAAAUGUUAGGAAAUUUUUAAAUAGCGCUAAAUCAAAAGAAGAUUAAAGGUUAUGACUGAUCAAAUGAUAUAUUAAAGAUUUUUAUAGAAGCAAAAAAAAAUGACUCGAAUGGAUCUACAAAUUUUAAAGUUUUUUUUAAUCUUUUCAUAUCUUCAUUCCACAAAAGGAAUUCAAAGCGGUGACAUAGUAUUACAAAAUGAUGCACGUUUUAUUGCAUCAAUUCGACUUCGAAGUUUAGAGCAACAAACAAUUGGAAUUGGAUUUUUAUGCACUGCAUCAUUAAUUAAUGAUCGACAUGCAAUUACAGCAGCAACUUGUGUAACAAACUUUUUUGCAUCUCAAUUACAAAUUAUUUUAGGUGUGGAAAAUAUUAGCUCCCGUAACUCGAGAGCAGUGAUUCGUGAUAUACAAAGAAUGCACUUCCAUCCAAAUUUUAACCGUACUUCUGAAUCGAGUGAACUUAAUGGUAACGUUGCAGUUCUUCAACUUUCCAUCAGUAUUCGUCAAUCUCCAUCUAGAUGGUCAAUUUUACAAUACAGUAGUAUUAUGAAUUUCCAUGUACAACCUAUUAAAAUAAGUGAUUUUAUUUUAAAUUCAUCUUCAAUUUGUCAAUUUUUUUCAUGGAGUAAUGAUCCAACCAGCUGUAAAAGGAUUCCAGAUUUACUUGGUACAUCUCUUGCUAUAGUGAAAAGUGAUGAAUGUUUGAAUUCCGAUUCUAUAUUCUGUGCUCAUCGUUUGAAUGAUUUAAACCCUAUACUUUGUGGAAAUUUGGGAGGUGCUUUUUUAUGUGGAAAUACUUUAUAUGGAAUUGCUACUAGAAAUGUGUGUAAUGAAAUUGGUCAUUUUGUAUUACUACCUUAUUACAAACAAUGGAUAUUAGCUGUUUCCAAAUCGAACAUACUGACAACUCAAAAUGCUUAUGGAAUAGUGUUGAUAUCAAUCGCCAUUUUAUUACUUUAAAAAAUAUUGACUUGCUCCUUAAAAAUAAUCUACUCUAUUUUUUCGAUAUAAACUAGUAGCUAAGUAGAAUAAAAAUGAAUUUUUUUGGUCACUAGUAGCUUACAAACGAAUAGCAGCUUAGUAAAGAGAAGAAGCUUAGUAAAGAUUCAAAAAAAACCUUGUAUUUAAAAAACUAUACUAAGCUACUAGUAACUAGUAGUAGCUUAUAACGUAGUAGCUUUAUAAAUUUAAAGUAUAAAAAAUAUUUAUAUUUUAAUUUUUGAUAAUCUUGUAACAUGUUAUUUUUUGGGUUUCAUCGAUUAAAAGGUUCAAUGAAUCUUUAAAACUCAGAAUUUAAACAUCAAUUUACUGUCACAACAAUCAUGACACAAGGUAUUUUUUUGAAUAGAAUAAACGAAAAUUACAUUUUAAUAUGGUUUAAUUUACAUUUCAAAAUAACCAUUAUAAUCAGCUUAUUUGAAUUCUAAAGGAUAACAAAUUACUCCAAACUGGCAAAAGUGACAGAUUUUCUCUUUAUCACACAAAAAAAAAUAUGUAUUUAUAUUGUCGCUUCAUGAUUUGUAUCACUUUCUACAUUUAUGAAUUUCAUUUUCAUCUUUGGUUAAUGUGUAUUCAGGUCCCUUUACCACUUACCUCAUUUUCUAUUCGUGUUUGAUAAAUGGUUCGUGUCAUUUUCGUAAAAUAAAUAUACUUUUUCAUUGUAAAAACCCCUUAAAAACCAUUUGAAUACUUAUUUUGUAUGCGACAAAGCAACUUUGGGAUGAAAAAAAAAUCCGUAAUUACUUACUACAAUGGCUUCAUUCCACGUGUAAAAAGAUGAUUCAUAUUUUAUUUUUUUAUUCAAACUUUUCAUCAACCCGA